CAUGCUGGGCAUGUACGUGCCAGACAGAUUUUCUCUGAAGUCUUCCCACGUCCAAGACGGGAUGGGGCUGUACACCAGCAGGAGAGUGAAAAAGGGUGAAAAGUUUGGUCCGUUUGCUGGAGAAAAAAGAAUCCCCAGUGAGUUGGAUGAAACUAUGGACAACAGACUGAUGUGGGAGGUCCGAGGAAAUAAAGGAGAAGUGUUGUAUGUUUUAGAUGCCACAAAUCCACGCCAUUCCAAUUGGCUACGCUUUGUCCAUGAGGCACCAUCCCAGGAGCAGAAGAACUUGGCAGCUAUCCAGGAAGGGGAGAACAUAUUCUACCUGGCUAUUGAGGACAUAGACACAAAUACAGAACUGCUCAUUGGAUACUUGGACAGUGAUAUGGAGGAGGCUGAAGAAGAAAACAAGGAAGUUGUUAGUGUAGUCUCCAAAGAAGAGGAAGAUAGUAUUAAAGAGGUCCCACUCCCUGCUGGGGAGAAAACCGAAACAGAACACUGUAAACAUAAAGAUGACCAUGACUGCCCUCUUUGUGAAUCCAGUUUUCCCAGUCAUGAGAUUCUUGCUGAACAUCUUCAAGCUUUGCAUCAGAAACCUAGUGAAGAGAAGGAGUUUAAGUGCAGGAAUUGUGGAAAAAAAUUCCCUGUAAAACAGGCUCUUCAGAGACAUGUACUUCAAUGUUCAGAGAAUAUCAUCUCCGGAGACACUUCAGGGACUUAUCAGUGUUCCGUUUGCAAUACCUCCUUCGGCUCAGCGUUGAGUUUUGAACAGCACAAAGAGGCAUGCAAAGGAGAUGUGAGAUUUAUAUGUAAGGCUGAUAGCUGUGGGAAAAGGUUUAGAAGCAAAGAUACACUGAAAAAGCACAAGGAAAAUGUGCAUAUAGGAAACUCUAAAAAGAAGCUUAUGUGCACCGUGUGUAACAAAAAGUGCUCCUCGUCAAUCAACCUCCAAGAGCAUCGAAAGGUUCAUGAGGUCUAUGAGUGUCAGGAUUGUGACAAGAAAUUUAUUUCAGCUAACCAGCUUAGAAGGCAUAUGAUAACUCAUUCAGAGAAGCGCCCCUACACCUGUGAGGUUUGCUGUAAGUCCUUCAAACGACUUGAUCAAGUGACCGCUCACAAAAUAAUUCACAGCGAGGACAAACCUUACCAGUGCAAGCUCUGUGGAAAGGGAUUUGCCCACAGAAAUGUUUACAAGAAUCAUAAGAAGACUCAUUCUGAGGAGAGACCGUUCCAAUGUGAGGAAUGCAAGGCUUUGUUCCGCACUCCUUUCUCACUGCAAAGGCACCUGCUAAUACACAACAGUGAACGCACGUUUAAGUGUGACCACUGUGAUGCUACAUUUAAAAGGAAAGACACAUUAAAUGUUCACAUACAAGUUGUGCAUGAUGGCCACAAGAAGUACAAAUGUGAUCUCUGUGACAAAGCCUUUGUGACUCCUUCAGUCCUGAAGAGCCAUAAAAAAACACACACAGGGGAAAAAAAAAAGAUUUGCCCUUACUGUGGUCAGAAGUUUGCUAGCAAUGGCACACUCAGAGUCCAUAUAAGAAGCCAUACAGGUGAGCGCCCCUACCAGUGUCCUUACUGUGACAAAGCCUUCAGUAAGAAUGACGGAUUAAAGAUGCACAUUCGGACACAUACAAGGGAGAAGCCAUACCAGUGUACAGAAUGUAAUAAGGCCUUCAGUCAGAAACGUGGGCUAGAUGAACACAUGAGGACUCACACCGGGGAAAAACCAUUCCAGUGCGAUGUUUGUGACCUGUCCUUCAGUCUAAAGAAAAUGUUAAUUCGACAUAAACUGACUCACAAUCCUAAUCGUCCAAUGGCAGAGUGCCAGCUUUGCCACAAGAAGUUUACAAGAAAUGACUACCUCAAGGUGCACAUGGAGAAUGUACAUGGAGAAACGGACAGUUGA